AUGUUCUCUAUCACUUUGCUCUGCCUGUGGAUGGCGCUUCUCGGUAUCGCUUCAGCAGGUCCUGUCGUACGCAAAUCACUCAAUCCGAAAAUGAUCAAGGUCCGGUCUCCUGUCAGCAAUACCGCCUUCUCCUCUUCAGAUGAUUGGCCUACCAACGUCGUCAUGGUCGGCGGAUCUCAAACCUACGGCAUGUGGAUUCCGACCGAUGGUACAACCUACGAUCUGGGAAACGUCGAAUGUCUCGGGGUCCCGGCAUAUGCGAUUGGCGACUGCAAUGAUGUUACUAUUGAUAAGAUCGGCGUGGUCGUAGGCUAUGGUCCGUGCCAAUUCACUGGCAGUUCUGGUUACGUUCAAGUCAUUCAGGGCGCUGCUGGCGAGGGAUAUCAGACCGUUGGACCGCCCCAGAACAUCAUGACGGCUGCCUGUGGACUUUGA